AUGUUCAACGCCGUCCAUACCGAGCUCAAAUCCAACUGGUCCUGGAAGCAGCGAGACCCCAAGGUUCCCGUCGUCGAGGAGGUCGCGACGACAGGCUGGCGUUCUACACAAGCGUAUCCGUCCGAGAUACACGUCGAGUUAUUGAAAAACAAUCUCAUUCCGGAUCCGUAUCGCGGAUUUGCUGAACAAGAAGUGCAAUGGGUAGGAGAAGUCGAGUGGCUGUACAAGUGCACAUUCGAUUUCAAGCCGGGGGAUGGACGACACACUCAGGCUGAACUGGAAUUUUUGGGCUUGGAUACGGCGUGCGACGUCUAUCUGAACAAUGAAAUCAUUCUGGAAACAAGCAACAUGUUCCAGACCCAUGUCGUUCCCAUCAUACCGACGGCCUCUAUAAACACGCUUCUUCUACACUUUAAAUCGGCCAAAAGGCUUGCCAAAUCCCUUCAAGAGCAGCAUGGCAAAGUGCGCGCAGGGUCGACAAACCUUGGAGAUCCGAGCAGAGUCUACGUCCGUAAGGCUCAGUACGAUUGGCGUUGGGAUUGGGGACCCGAGUUAAUGACAUGUGGACCAUUCCGGCCUGUCAUUCUGAGAAGGUAUACAGCCAGGAUUGGGAACGUGUGGACGCACGCAUCAGUCACUGACACGAAUAACGCGGCCACGAGAUUGAAAGUAGAUGUGGACGUUCUCGGCGUCGCGGCGUUACCGACAUUUAUCAAAGUAGCAUUACGGGAUGCUAAAGGGACUAAGGUCGAAUUGGAGGAACUCUCCUCCAAUUCUAGAUCUGUCGACUGGCGGUUUGUUCCCGGCCAAGUGCAAUUGUGGUGGCCGGUGGGCUAUGGAGACCAGGUUCUCUAUCGCGUGGUUAUAGAACUGCUGGGUCCGAAUAGAGAUGUCAUCGAUUCGAAGACAAUCCGGGUUGGAUUUCGCAACGUCAAGCUUAUACAAGAGGAGCUCGAGGAGCCUGACCAAUAUGGCACUGGGACGACCUUCUUGUUUGAGAUUAAUGGCGUUAGGAUGUUCAUGGGCGGCUCAAAUUGGAUCCCGGCCGAUAACUUUUUGACGACGCUCACUCCGGAACGUUAUCGGGCGUGGCUUACGCUGGUGCGCGAUGGAAACCAGAACAUGAUUCGCCUAUGGGGCGGAGGAGUCUAUGAACCAGACUGUUUCUACGAUAUUUGCGAUGGCCUGUUGUAUUUUUCCUGUUAUCAAUUGGGAAUACUCGUCUGGCAAGAUUUUCAGUUCGCAUGUGGGGUGUACCCAGCAUACGAAGAGUUUGUCGCGUCUGUUCGCAAAGAGGCCGUGGACAAUGUAAAGCGACUAAGACAUCAUCCAUCAAUAGCAUUAUUUUGUGGAAACAACGAGGACUAUCAGAUGAUCCUUCAAUGGGAAGAUGUGAAAUCAUUUCCUGCUAUCAAAAUUUACGAAGACGUACUCCCGUCUGUGGUCGAGGCUUUAUGUGAUCCACCUAUCCCAUACCACCGCGGAUCUCCAUAUGGUGGACAAGGUUGGGACACAGCAGAUCCGACAGUCGGGGACAUUCAUCAGUGGAACAUUUGGGGAGGUAAAGAAUUGCCAUACCAGGAGUACGACCAGAUGGGUGGACGAUUCGUCAGCGAAUUCGGAAUGCCGUCUUUACCGUCAAUGCGCACGAUCGAGUAUUGGAUGGACGGCGCACCAGCCCAAGAAUGGCACGCCCAAAGUGCGUUGAUGGCGCAGCAUUGUCGUGCAGGAAGUUAUGAGAGACGUUUCGCCAUCGCAAUGAAUGAAAACUUCAGAGUGACCGAGGAUUUAGAAACGUAUGCGUUUAGGACACAAGUUAUGCAAUCUGAAAGCGUUGGCUUCGCGUAUCAAUCGUGGAGGAGAGGAUGGGGUGGUCGCGGAAAGCAAUAUACGUCCGGCGUCUUAGUCUGGCAAUUGAACGACUGUUGGCCAGUCACUUCGUGGGCUAUCGUCGAUUAUUUUUUGCGUCCCAAGCCAGUUUAUUACACUAUCAAGCGACAUUUGGAUACAUUCGCAAUUGGCCUCCUGCGCAAUGUCACGAAGAACCGUCCCAACGACCGACCACGUCAAUUCUAUGACUUUGGAGGAUUCAGAGCUGUCGGUGCGAAGCUGGACAUUUGGGCAUCCAACUCUACUCCGAAAAGACGACCUGCUACGUUGAAAUUACAGUUUGUGGACCUCAAAAGUAAUUGGGCCGCAACCGAGGAGCAUAAAGUCGUUCUCCUUCCUAAUCAGUCGACCGAGCUAAUAUCUAUUACUUGCCCUGGGCAACACGCAACCGUUGUCAUCGGUGCACGGCUCUUAGAUGAUAGGUCUGGGAAGGUCCUAGCACGGCACGUCGAUUGGCCCCAGCCGUAUAAAUAUUUGACUCUUCCAGACCCAAGAUUGAAGGUAACCGUGGCAGAAAACAAACUCAGAUUGCAGGUCGAAAAGCCAGCAAAGUGCGUUUUUUUGACUACGAAAUCGAAGGUGACAUGGAACGAUAAUGCGAUUGAUUUGAUGCCGGGAGAGGAGAGGAUUAUCGAAGCAAACAGGUUGAUCGACAAGAACGAGUUGCGUGUUGCAUAUCUAGGGCGUGAGAAGGCCUUUUCUAUUCCAUAG